AGUUGAGUUCACUUCCAAACAUUAUUUUUCUAUUAUUCCCUUCUUUCCUCUCUUUCUUAUCAAGUUUUCUACCUUUGCCUAUCUUUUUCUAUUUUAUUUUUUAAUUUUCUUGCGCAGUCUAAUAUGGAUCCUUUUGUGGAUGAUGGUUCUGUGGAUGAUAGCGCUGAAUCGCGUUUAACUCAGAAAGAUGCAAACUCUCGAGGUGCAACUAGUCGGGGUAUGCAUGUUAAUAAAAGGUUCACAUUUAAUGAAGUGAAUUCUGUUCGGGCUAGUGGCAGUAAAAUUGUUUGUUGUGACUUCUCCUCUGAUGGAAAACUGCUAGCUAGUGGUGGCCAUGACAAAAAGGCUGUUUUAUGGCAUCCUGAUACCCUAAAGCAAAAAACAGCACUUGAAGAGCACUCGUCACUCAUUACUGAUGUUCGUUUCAGUCCAAGCAUGGCAAGACUUGCCACAUCUUCUUUUGACAAGAGUGUCAGGGUUUGGGAUGCUGACAAUCCGGGCUACUCAUUUCAGACGUUCACUGGGCAUUCUGCUCCUGCAAUGUCACUUGACUUCCAUCCUAAUAAAGAAGAUCUCAUCUGUUCUUGUGAUAGUUAUGGUGAGAUAAGAUACUGGGGUAUAAACAAUGGUAGCUGCACAAGAGUGUUCAAGGUAAAAUUCUUCAUCUACUAUUAUAUGUGCAUUAGCACGGGGGAUUGGGGACUCUGAUGCUUAACUAUAUGAUUUCUCCAUCUCUUCUGAAUGUUAUUUCAUGUCUCGAGUAGGGUGGAGCGGCUCAGGUAAGAUUCCAGCCCUGCAUUGGUAGAUAUCUUGCUGCUGCUGCCGAGAACGUCGUAUCGAUACUUGAUGUGGAGACACAAGCUUGUCGGCAUUCGUUAAAGGGUAACACAAAACGAAUACAUUAUGUCUGCUGGGAUCCCUCUGUCUUUGGAGCUAUGGCACAUGAAUGAGAACAAGACAAUGACCCUCACAGCUCAUGAAGGAUCAAUUGCUUCCUUGGCUGUAUCGUCAGUCGCGGGUUUGGUUGCUUCAGCCAGUCAUGACAAGUUUGUUAAGCUCUGGAAGUAAUAUCUGUCCCAUCCAUGGUUUCUUUUGAAGUCCUAGCUGUAUGUCCACUGUAAUAUCUAUUAUUGUUGUCUGAAGAGAUAUUUGUGUCUGUCUUAUUUAGCAUUAGCUUUUGUAUUCUGUUAUUUUUUUCAUUUGUGCCUGAAAGAACCAUGUAGUGACCCCAUCCCUUGCUCAUCUAGGCUGCUGAGUUUCUGCUAUGUUUUUUUCCUCCACUAGUUGUUAUGUCAAUUGGAAUAAUCAGGUGUAGUUGGUUCAGUCGCUGAUCCAAUACAAGGGUAUUGAAUUUUUUAGUUCUUCA